UGAAUAAAUUCAACAGAAGAAGAAGAACGGCGCGCGGGCGGUGCUUACGUAAGGAGAGGGAAAUCCAAAACAGAGCCGACGACACUUCUUCACCGAGAGCUGUGAAGCUGAAAUUUCGAUUAAGAUAGACAGCGAUUAUCAAGUGGACAGCUGAUAAAAAAAUGCAGAGGGCUUCUCGUUUGAAGCGUGAACUUCAAAUGCUAAGCACCGAGCCACCCCCUGGGAUAACAUGCUGGCAGACCGAAGAUCAGAUAGACGACCUCCGGGCACAGAUAUUGGGUGGAUCAGGAACUCCUUAUGAUGGUGGAGUGUUCUCCUUGGAGGUCAAGAUUCCAGAGAGGUACCCAUUUGAGCCUCCCAAAAUACGAUUCUUGACUCCAAUCUACCAUCCAAACAUUGACAAUUCAGGACGGAUCUGCCAUGAUGCUCUUAAACUGCCACCAAAGGGUGCCUGGAAGCCAUCUCUAAACAUCUCCACAGUCCUCACUUCCAUACAGCUACUCAUGGCAGAGCCAAAUCCAGACGACCCACUGAUGGCUGAUAUAUCAUCGGAAUUCAAAUACAACAAACACCUGUUUAUGGAGAAGGCCAGGAAGUGGACACAAGAACAUGCCAUCCAGAAGAAUUCUGGUGUUGUGGAUGGCAACAAAGAAAAUACUCCUGAUCAGAAAGCAUCAACCCGAAAGAGAGAAGCGCACAGUGUACAGCAGGAAGCAGAAGAUCCAGCAAAGAGAACCUGUGUGUAGUUUCCACCUCACUCAUGCCUGAUAAAACUGACACCUUGUUAGAACUGUGGUAUUAAUUUUAUACAAAGAUGUAAUACUUGUCUUCCUGUUUUUAAAUGUAUGUUAAUGUAUAAAAAUGUGGAUUGCUGUAUGUAUAAUGUGCGUGCUUGUGUUGUGAUAUUAAACUUUUAUUUUAUUAAUGUA